GUCAAACAAAUUCUAUCACUUUGGGGGAAGCAUUAACUCAGACGACCGGCUCGUAUACACUACGUACACUGCAUACAACCAAUCCACUCACACCUUUUUUAUUUAUUUUAUUAUUAUUAUUUUUCCACCCUUCACCCUUGAACCCCUACACCACACACCCUUACACACUGGGCACAUACCACAUACGCAUACAUACACACACAUACAUACUCACAUACAUACCACGCACAUACCACUUACCCACAUCGACAUCCCAUAUCCACACUUACACAAGACAAACGCCUCAACUGUCUAUCCUAGUCCGAGUUCCUCAACCAACUUGGAAUUGACUUGGUUUUUUUGGUUUUUUUUUUUUUCAAAAAUCAAAAGAAAAGACAAUCUUCUCAACUCCUAAUAAUACGUUCUUAACGUUUAUCCUGGAUUUCGAGAACCUCUUCGGAGACGAUAGAGAAGAAAGAAAUCCAUGAUGGGCAUCGGUACCUUGCUCUCGGGUAUUCUUCACCCAGAUCUCAGCUUCGUAUCUUCGCCGAAUUUCUGGUGGUAUCUAUUUUGGAUCUUGUGGAUACAUCGAUAUCUACGUUUGAUCGUUCAUACGUUAAGCCAUUGGUUCUACAAGUCGAAACCCAUCCCAAGUAAACCUAAGUUUACUUCUCAUGACGUAACUGUCAUUAUUCCUACUAUUCACAAUGCCUUCGAGGAGCUCGUCCCUUCUCUCAAGAGCAUCCUAGCCUGUCGACCUCGUGAACUCAUUCUUGUGACGACCGUGGACAAACAUGUGGCGCUGGAAAAGCUCGUGCAGGAAAAACUUGUAGAGAUUUUUUCAGCCACCAAUAUUCGCGUACUAUUCACUCCUAUCGCGAAUAAACGACUCCAGGUAUGCGAGGCACUCCCUACGGUAAGAACAUCAAUCACUAUUAUGGCGGACGACGACGUUACUUGGCCGUCAACUCUUAUGCCUUGGAUACUUGCUCCUUUCGAGGAUCCUAAAAUUGGCGGUGUUGGAACUUGUCAACGCGUUCGUCGUGAACCGGAUGGGGAUCUAUCGACCCGCAUUUUUAACUGGCUCGGAGCCGCAUACAUCGAGCGACGCAAUUUUGAGAUCUCAGCUACACAUAACGUGGAUGGAGGAACUUCUUGCAUGUCUGGUCGUACUGGUGCUUACCGAUCGGAAAUUCUAUCGAGUCACGACUUUCUCGAGGGGUUCAAGACCGAACGAUGGCGCGAUUAUAUUCUCAACGCUGACGACGACAACUUUGUGACUCGCUGGUUAGUAAGCCACCAAUGGAAAACCUGGAUUCAAUACGAGCGAGAAUGCGAAAUCGAGACUACCCUUGAAAACGGCCUGAAAUUUCUUUAUCAAUGUUCACGAUGGGCUCGUAGCAAUUGGAGAAGUAACUGGACAAGUUUGGUCCGGGAAAGAUAUGUGAUUACCCAACAACCUUGGAGUACUUACGCUCUCCAUAUUGCGACCUUUACCUCCCUGGCCUUUGUUGUGGACCCUCUCUUGCUAGUCUCCCUCUGGUGGGGCACUGAAGGAUGGGACUUGGCUGCCCGUCAGCGUUGGUUCUGGGCUCAAUUCGUCUUCAUGUUCGCAUUUACCAAAGUCGUCAAGUUAAUUGGGCUCUUUCGACGUAACCCGAGCGAUAUUGUUUUCUUGCCGGUUUCCAUCAUCUUCGGCUACUUUCAUGGGCUUAUCAAAUUAUAUGCGCUCCUAACUUUGAAUAUGACCUCAUGGGGUAGUCGACCCGAUGGUGAUGCCAACGAUGCUCUACGUAUGUCUCCUCGCCCUAGAAGGAGCGACAGCAUUACGACACCUCGACCUCGGCCAGACGAUCUCGAUCGUUCGUUGCAUAACAACCACAAUCGUAUGCGAAAUAUCGGGUCGGUCUUAUCUGAAAAAGAACCGCUUCUUGACUACGAUAGAGAGCAUGCGCCGAUUACCGUGCUCGCGGGAUUGUCAUAAUGGGGUAGUAAUGACGCGUGGGGGGUUUUUCGCGUUGCGGUCCUGUUUAUUCGGCUAUUUCGUACGGAUGAUUAUGGGCUGACAGCAAGACGUUACGCAUUUACGAUUCAUGAGUGUUAUAUUCGAUGAUUCAUUUCGCUGAAAGAGCUUAUCGGAAGAGGUCAAAACGGUACUCUCCUACGGUAUACUGGCCGCUGCCU